GGCAGCAGCAGAGGCAGCGGCGGCGGCGGCGAUCGGUGCCCCGUUCGACCCGCUGCCGGAGCACGUCGGCGGCGCUGCGAGCCGCCAGCCGGACUCGGCGAGAGGGAGAGCGCCCGCCGCCGCGGCCGCCGCGCUGCUGCCGGGAGCCGCUCUCCGCGGAGGACUGGUGGGGCGACCCGCGAGACGGAGGCUGUCCGCCGGCCCGCCAUGGCGAUCGCAAGGCAAGUGCUUGGUCUCUCUGCUUUCCUCUGCCUGCCGCUCGCUCGCUCGGAGCCCAUGCGCUACUCCGUGGCCGAGGAGGCGGCUCGCGGCUCGCUGGUAGGCAACGUGGCGGAGGACGCGGGGCUGGCCCCGGCGCAGCUGGCGGCUCGCCGCGCCCGCCUGGCCUCGGAGGACGGCCGGCAGCACUUUGGCUUGGACCCCGCCACCGGCCGCCUCGUGGUGGCCGAGAGGCUGGACCGGGAGGAGCUGUGCGGCCAGUCCGCUGCCUGCACGCUCCCCUUCGAGCUCGUGCUGGCCAACCCGCUGCAGUUCUUUCGGGUGGAGGUGGCCGUGGAGGACAUCAAUGACCACUCGCCCGUUUUCCCGGAGGAGCAAGUCACUCUUAGGAUCCCGGAAAGGAGCGACCCGGGCUUGCGUUUCCCUCUGGUUGGAGCUCGGGACCUGGAUGUUGGGAGUAACAGCAUCCAGGCUUACAGCAUUGCUCCCCAGAAUGAGUACUUUAGUGUUUCCUUUGGGAAUGGGGACGACAAAGAUAUUGAAUUGGUCUUGGAAAAGGCUCUAGACAGAGAGGAGCAGGCAGAAGUGGGUUUCAGUCUCAUUGCCGUGGACGGGGGCUCUCCUCCCAGGAGUGGGACCACCCAAAUCCAUGUUGUUGUUCUAGAUGCAAAUGACAAUACUCCCAUCUUCACACAGAAGCUGUACAUUGGGCAGGUUUUGGAAAACACACCAGAGGGUUCUGUGGUUCUCAGGGUGAUGGCAACCGAUCGCGAUGUGGGAGUUAAUGGGAACGUCACCUACCAGUUUAGACAAUCUGUUAGCAUGAGCAACUCAGCAUUUGCAAUUGACCCCAGGACUGGGGAAAUUAAACUCAUAAAGACUCUUGACUUUGAGGUGGCAGAGAACCAUGAGCUCAGUGUGCAAGCCACGGAUGGUGGGGGCCUCUCAGCAAUCUGCAAGGUGUUGGUGGAGGUGGUGGAUGUGAAUGACAAUGCACCGGAGCUGAUGGUCAGUUCCUUCACCAGUGUCAAUGGGAACAUCACCUACCAGUUUAGACAAUCUGUUAGCACGAGCAACUCAGCAUUCACAAUCGACCCCAGGACUGGGGAAAUUAAACUCAUAAAGACUCUUGACUUUGAAGUGGCAGAGAACCAUGAGUUCAAUGUGCAAGCGACGGAUGGUGGGGGCCUCUCAGCAAUCUGCAGAGUCUUGGUGGAGGUGGUGGAUGUGAAUGACAAUGCACCGGAGCUGGUGAAUGACAAUGCACCAAUGGUGCUGUACCCAGCUCAGGACAGCACUCCAGCAUCCAGCGAGCUGGUACCUGUGUCAGCUGAGGCAGGGUACCUCAUCACCAAAGUGGUGGCUGUGGAUGCAGACUCGGGGCAGAACUCGUGGCUCUCGUACCCCCUGCUGAGAGCCACUGACCCCGGGCUGUUUGUGGUGGGUGCCCAAAGUGGGGAGGUGCGGCUGAAGAGGCCAGUGACGGAGAGGGAUGUCGUGAAGCAGAAUCUCGUUGUGCUGGUGCGAGACAAUGGGCGGCCACCACUGUCAGCCACUGCUGCCCUGAGCGCACUCCUGCUCAAUGACUUCUCCGACGUGCGCCUACCGCACAGCAGCGUGGCCACGGAGGACGAGAGCGACUCCCUGACAACCUAUUUAAUCAUUUCAUUGACCUUUGUCUCACUCCUCUUCCUCGCCUCCCUCACAGCCUUCCUCACUCACAAGUUUUGCAGGAGAAAGGAUCUCAAGGAUGGACAAGUACUUUAUGGCACCAGCAACUUGCAGAGUGACCUGGUGGAUGCAGCCAUGGCUGGGACCCUUCCCCAUGGCUAUUGCUAUGAGAUCAGCCUCACAACAGGCUCAGGCAACAGUGAGUUCAAGUUCCUGAAGCCCAUCGUCCCCAGUCUGCCACCACAGCAGUGCACCAUUGGUAGGAGUACCAAUGAUGGACAGGAUUUCCCCCAUGGCUCCAUCACUGCUGAGGACAUGGCAGCAGACAACCAUGGGAUGCUCUCUGCAGGACAGUUCAAUAGUCUUUCCUUUAAUUAGCGUGGAGUCAGCACAGGCAGAGGUUUUCUAUAUGAUGAUAGGACGUGAUCCAUUUUACAACAUUUGGCAUUGGUUCCUACCAAGUUAUUAUGGAUUUAUGAUUACAGUGAGUAAUUUCGCUCAAAAUCUAAGCCAGAAAAAAUUUUGUCUCUCUUUCCAAAAUACAAAGAAGGAAAAGCAACUAAGUUUCCCUUUUUCUGACAAUAAUAUGUUUUAGCUCCUUUAUGGCCACUUAUGAAAUUCUUUGAGAGCAGGAGUAGAUCUAGUGCUCCUGACUAAAUUCUUUUUUCACUUGCUGCCAGUCAAGACUGCGUACUUCUUAUUCUGUGCUGCAACACUGUGACAGAAUCAUGCUGAUAAAUCACAUCCAUGCUGAAAUAUUCAUAGGCCUCCUCUAGUGUCAGAAAAGCAAGGAAGUUGUGAGUAAUGUGUUACAAUGUGAUGCAAGCACUGGGUUCUUUCUUUGGGUGCUGGAUGUCUGUCUCUGAGAUGUAUGGGCUCUGUGUGGUUGUCUUCUCGUCAUCUAUGUCUCUCUGGACAGCUAUUGUGUGUCUUCCUAUGCUGCACUAGUGCUGUCCGGAGAGCUGCUCACAUCUAACUACUAUGAUGGGCACAAUCCAGCUCCUCAGGUAAGUAUUUUUACCCUUUGAUUACAGCAGUCUCAUCUUCUCUAGGGGAGAUCAGUAAAAUGCAAAAUGAGAUUUUCCUUUGACACCUGACAGGAGGAUGGAUGGGCUGUGUCCUUGAGAUUGCCUUGGAAAUAUAGCAGCUGAAAUGGUGUUUGCAUAGACUGUAACUGUUUGGAGUUAUUAAAACAUAUUAAUUGCCUUUGUGUGCAUUGUAAGGAAAUUUUGCAGGUUUCUUCAAAGGACUUUUUCUAAAGGUAUAAUCAAGAUGAACUCAAAACAGGGCCAUUGAGUUUGGUUUCAUCAUAGUAGUUCACAAAUUCAGAGGCUUCUUGAUGGGAGUGGAAACCUGUCCUAAUAGGAUUUUUUGUGGUUUUGUUAGAGUAUUUGCGUUCUCCUUUUUCCCCUUUCUCCUUCUACUCUGUGACCUUUGUAGGUUUAAGCUUUGUCUUACUUAUUCCUCUAAGGAAGGAUUGUUAACCCAGGUAUAAUAAUGGAUUGAAUGAAAGCAGUGUGAUGCAGAACAUUUGGAAACCCUGAUGCUGUGUUAUGCUGCAGUUAUAAACUGUACCACUGUAAACUGGGAUACCUUUGUGUGUAAAAAUGAAAUAAAGAGAACAUCCAAAUGGCAUGUAUGAGACAGUCUUUAUAGAGAUGUUUUUCUCUGGAAAAGCUCUGUGAAAUUUUUAAAAAAGCCAGGAUUUUUUUUCUCGUUUUGUCCCUUGCCUGAAGUAAGGUUGAGUGGGUCCAUUUCUUCAGUUUGGAGAUGCAGGUGAUGGAGUAUUCAGGAAAAUUGUGGGGAGUAGGGAAUUACUGGCAGGCCCGCAUGGCUCUUUGGAGCACUGAGCUUCUGGUUUUCACAGGGCCCAGUUAGACCCAGGUAAGGGGAAACUGGCCCCUACCCUACGAGAGGCCCGUGGGUAUGCAAAUGCCUCUGCAAACCACUGAGGUGGGCGGAUUGACUUUUCCAACUCUCUCAACAUCUCCAGCUGCAGAUGGCAACUCUGAGGUGUUCGGGUACACAUUUUGAUUCUAAAUGUUUUUGGGGAUGGAUGGCACAACAACAGCAUAUAUAUUCCUUUGGGGAAGUGUUUGGGGGACUGCUAGGAGAUGGGUAAUUACCAGAAUAAUACUACUACCAGGGAGAGGAUUCACCCUCAGGAAAUGCAGAGGACUACAGCUGUGCCUUCCUUAAAGGCCCUCACAAGAAGGUAAGUCCUGAGGACAUUCUGGUGCAGUGAUGCUGACCAGAAGGCUGUUGUACAUUAAGAAUUGAGUGAUCUACCAUCCAGUUAAUCUGGAAAGGCAUAGGCCUUCCUGUGCCUGCAUGUGCUGCAUAAAUCCCUGAACAACAGGAAGAACUCAGCCAGCUCAUUGGGGAACUGAUGGAGGAGAGGUGGUUAUUGUGGGCAUGCAAGAAUCACUGCUUGGAAAAUGCUGGGCUUUGGGUUCUGGUCUGGUGGUAUAUUAAUGGUGUUUUGCAUAUUCCUCUAUUUGUAUUAUUGUUAUUGUUUUCCCCUUUCUGUUCGGUUCUGUUAAACUGCCUUUACCUCAACCCACAAGUUUUGUCCUUUUCUUCCGCUUCUUCCCCAUUCCCCCUGCUGGAGGAGAGUAAGCAAAAGACUACGUGGUUCUUUGUUACCAUCUGGAGCUAAACCAUAAUAGUCCUUUUUGGCACCCAACAAGGGGCAUGAAGGGUUGAGAUAAUGACAGAUCUGACCAGAGCAUGUUAAAACGAAUUUGUUAUAUGCAUUUAUUUUAAUCAUUAAAUAGUCACUGCACAAUGUUGCUUUGUUUGCUCGUAUGAAAAUUCUAAUGUCACUGUGUUAUGAAUAUUCUGAUAUCCUGUAUGUACACCCCAUGAUGGUGUCCAUCUCCUCUGGGAGAGGGAUCAAGAUUAUAAUUUUGCUGUCCUGUGUACUGUCAGUUUAUGAUAUGAUAACAUCACUCUUCAGGCAGUUAUGUUGAUGUGUUUAUGUGGCAUUGAUGUCCUGCUUGUACCUUGAGUACCAUCUCUUGGAAUUUAUUAAUAAUUGCACCCAAUCUAUGGGAAAAGAAAAGGGGAGAUACUUUCCCCAGCUUUUCCACCUCCUUUUUUUCAUUUGGGCAGGGUACAACAGCUUUUGAGAUUUUUUAAUAUCCUUGGGAUGGUCAAACCAGCAUGGUUCUAUUGCUAUGUAUCCUGAAUGUGUUUCAGGUCAUGUUUAGGAUUAAACAACUGUUUAAGAAUACCACUCAGAGAUUUGCCCCGAGGCUGGAUACUCAUGCGUAGCAUGGCAAGUGGUAGAAUAUGGGUGGGUAUUUCGAGAACUUCUCACCUCCAACAAUUCGGAACUUCAUCCCUGAACAGCUACAGGACCCUGAUAAAGUGAUAGAAUACUUGAAGGGAAAAUGCUGUGGCUGUUCCAGAGACCUACAACCUACUGGACUGUGCUGGGCCCUGGCCACUAUCUACCGAUCACUGCUUGAUGCAAUGCAUCACCCUCAGGAGAAAGAGAGAGAAACCAGACUAUCAGGCAGGACAGUUACCCCAGUUCCUCAGACAGGCACUGAGACAGGCACUGCAGCUAUUCCAAACUCUGCACUGUGGCUACUCCAAGCCCUGCAACAGGCAGUGCAGCUGCUGAAAGCCAGGUAACAAGCACUGCAGCUGAACCAGAAAACUAGCCUGUGCAAGGAUCAGGCACCCCUACACAGAAGAAGAAAUACACAAAGAAAUCAGUUUGCUUAAUACAGGAUGAUGAUGAACCAGGACCAUCAUGAGAACAGGAUGAAGAGGCAGAACUGGAGAUAAUCAUGCAGUCCCUAUUCCUGAGUGAACUUUGGGAUAUGCAAAAGAUUUGAGCCGCUAUCCAGAUGAGCACAUUGUCACCUGGCUGCUCCGAUGCUGGGAUAACCAGCCUAGUAGCUUGGAACUAGAGGGUAGGGAAGCCAAGCGGCUGGGAUCCCUGUCUAGGGAAGGGGGCAUUGACAAGGCAAUUGGGAAAAAAACACAAGCCCUCAGCCUCUGGAGCAACUCCUGUUAGGCAUGAGGAAAAGGUAUUCCUUCAGUGAAGACGUUGCAUGUCAUCCAAGCAAAUGGACAACCAUGACGAGAGGUAUCCAGUACCUGAGGGAAUUAGCCAUGUAAGAGGUAGUUUAUUAUCUAUCACCUGGACAACACACAGUUACCCACAGACUGAUGAAGUCCAAUGCACGUGGCCCGUGUGGUGGAAGUUUGUACUGAGUGCACCAUCAUCAUGGAAUGCCAGUUCAUUGACAGUGAUGGAAUUCAAAGAUGAAGAAGGACCAAUGGUGGAUGAGGUAGCUGGCCAACUCCAGUGAUAGAUAAUAAGAAAGUCUCUCUUCCUCCCUCAUUU